AUGCGUGUGGAAAUCAUUACUACCAGUGUAGCCACAACUCAACCUGAAGCAACUGUAACUGUGUCAUUUCCAUCAAAGAAGGAAAGAGAUGCACAUAAACACAAUGAAGAAUAUGUUAAAGAAUUUUCUUGGGAAGAGCAUGUACGAUUGGAACACUCUCCAAAAACACUUACUACAAAUGUUUCUAGUGACUCAUCAGAAGCUAAUUUUGAACCUGUGAGAAAGUUUGCCAAGGUUGAUGAGAGUUCCUCAUCCAAAGGAUUUAGUGUUCAAUCUCAACUUCCCUGGAAUGACAUGCAUCAGAAAAAUCCAUCUUGUUUUUGGAUCACGGAUCUCCAGGAUUUACACUCUAUUGUAGCUGGUGCAGCGUCCCAUCAAAUGAAGGUUAUUGUCAUGAAUGUUCCACAGCAAACACCAUGGAAUACAUCCAAGCCACCAAAGAAUGGUGAUGAAAGCAAUGACAGUCGUGAGUCAUCUGCCUGUGUGUAUAAAGUAAUCAUAUGUCCUAAAUCAUUCACCGUAGCAGAUAUACCAGAUACUGAGCUUAAUAAGGUACCAGUAGCUAAGGUGAGGGAUCCCAUGAUGUAUAAUAGAAUCACUUGUGAAGGAAAUUAUAAGUCAAUUCAUCCAAUAUUAGAUAAAACGUCUGCUCAAUCAGCUCAAGUACUGUCUGGAUCAGUCUUACCCAGUGCAUCCUCAACUUGUAUCUUAUCAACCCCGAGUACAUUUACAGAAUCAAUGGUGCCAGUGCAACAACAGAUAAUAUCCUUGCAAGGUCAGUCUGGUCUUACACCAGGGAUAUCUCUACACGGCCAGCCUGUGGAUAUGUCUGAAUUAAUGCAGCAUACAGAUCAAACUGUCCCUAGUACGGUAACACAGAAUGUAGUAAUGAAUAUACAGGGCAAGGAUUUUUUAUUGAUUCCAGCUCAGCAAGGCACUGUGCAUCCUGCAGUCACAACUACAUGUAUAUCUUCAAGCACAGUGUCUCCCAUAGUGUCAACUGGAGAAAAAACAUAUCUUCGGCCAAAACCAACAUUGAAAAAAGCAGAACAAGAAAGCAGUUGGUCUCAAAGAGCCAGAUCUAAAUAUUUGAAACCAGCUGCUAAAACAUUAUUUCGCACAAAGAAAAAAUCUGUCUUUGAAAAAGUAACAAAUAUACCUGCUCCUCUAGGUAAUGCUGGUAAAUUGAGACAUCAGUCACCAGAUUCAACUGUGGACUGUGUAUCUGCUCGAUAUACAGCUUCUGCAAAUGUAUUUCACAGUGUUCCAGCAUCUACCAGUGCAACAGUCACACCAGCUAUAACAAAACGGGGAUGUUUGUCAAAUUCAGCCGAACAGAGUCAAACAGUUCUGCUCUCUCAUCAGACGUCUGUGGAUCAAACAACUGAGGGUGCAGAAAUAACAAACCUGCAUACAAAUUCAAUGUCCAGUCCAUUUGAGAUAAAGAAAGAAAAACCAAGUCCUGACAAAGCUAUAACUGUUUAUAGUGAUAGUUCAUCAGAAAUUAAUUCUCCAACUGCAGUUGCCUGCACUGAGAGAGGUACCGACGCUGACACGGACAACCAAACCACAUGGGUUGUGGUUAAUGUUGAUGGUUGUAAUGUCAUUUCUCAGCAAAAACAUACAGAUCAAAAUAAAAUGCCUGGCACUAGUGUCGAAAGUACUAACCUUGAGGGCUCUCCUGUGUCAGGUAUUAACAGUGAGGCCUCCCCAUCAGCUCCAGUUAAGGAAUCUACAACAGCUAUUGGUUCCCGGUCAUCAGUUUCAAAGCCUGCCAAGUCAGAUGUGAUUGGUGGAUCAAAAAACUCAAGUCGCAAAACAUCCACACCUGUUCGGUUUCUCCGUAUUAAAACUGAACCAGAAUAA